UCAAUGUUCAUGUACAAUUUACAAAGUACGGAAUACGGAGCUCUCCAAUUUUGUUUACAAAUACAAAGGUUUUGAAGAGGUUAAAUAUUAAAAUACAACGGUGCCAAAUACAGUUAGGAAUAUAAUUGUUUAGAUGUCGAACCAAAAUAAUACUCCACAGGAAGUACAUAAUAAGUUUAAUAUACGAUUGCUGCAAAGAGUUGAUACAAAAAUUAGAGAAAAAGUAUCUGAAAGUCAAAGAAAUAUUCAUGUUUUGACAGCACAUAAACCAGGACCAAGCAAACCAGCCGGCAAAAAAAAACCACCAGAUGUAUUUCCAUAUUCUAAUCGCCCUAAAGGUGUACCUGUUACAUUUUUGUUGAAUAAAGAUUUUCAAGGAGCUAUAACCCCUCAACAAGGGCCAAUGGAUGAACCAAAUCAAACAGUGUCUGAGCAAAUUAAUACAUAUGGUCAACCAAACCAAAUGCAACCUAAUCAAAUAUAUGGUUAUUCAAUGGGGCAACAAAUGUAUGGACAACAACAACAAAUGCUUGGACAAGCACAAAUCUUUGGUCAGCAGCAAAUGCAUUUUCAACCGAUGUAUGGUCAAUCAAUACUUGGUCCAGUACCCCAAAUGAUACCUCAGCCAGCAGAAAGGUAUCCACCAGUACCGAUGAUAGAAACAGACAAUUUUACAAAAGCAUCAAGGGAACAGUAUUCUCCAACAGGAAUUUAUGAUGAUAAUGACAGUAAAUCAGAUUAUGGUUCUAGAGAUUCAGACUCUUCAGAUGUCUUCAAAAACCAGAAAAAGCGCCAAAGUGCCUUUGAAAGAUUGGGGCCACAGACUAAACAAACUAAACCCAAGUUGACCAUUAAUUUGUGCCUUGAUAAAGAACAACCUAUCAGAGAAGUAGUAACAAAGCAAGUUCCCGUGUAUGAACGAGAUGAGAUAAUGACCAGUACGGACCCAACUGUAAUGAAGUUCAGAUAUUUAUGGCCUUGGAAGAAUACUAUAAAACUUAAGCGGAGUGUCACUGCUCGAUCAUCGAAGACUGUGAUGAUUCUGGAGCGGGAACAGGUGGAGGAAGAAUACAAAAAUGAUAACUUGUUUAUGAUCGUAUCUGUGGUGGGAUUCCCGCCGUCAUGGACAAAAGAAAAUGUCUUGGACGCGAUCUUAGAAGAUCUCAAAGAAAAAAGUUUUAUUCCCUGCUUUAUUGAGUUCAACUCAAGAAAUUGCAAAUUCCUAGUAAACAGAUGUCGUUCGGCGCUACUGGCACUGCAUUGGCAAGGUUUUUCAAUUCGUAAAGACGAUGUCGAAUUGAUGAUAACAAUAUCGGUGACGUGUUUGAAUACGAAAGUGUUAGAAUACAUCCCCCGUUUGGUGAUUAGGAACAGGCUGAUUUUCGGUUAUGACGGCAAAAAGGUUGAUUUGAGCGAGUUCACGUUGAAGAGUGAUAUAAGCAACUUCAUAUAUUUCCCAUUAAAUCGUCCAACGAACCAAGCCGAAAUAAUAGAACUUAUACAAAGUUGUGAUUGGGAGCAUCUGGAGCACCUGGACUUAUCGCACAAUCGUCUUACAUCCAUACAAGAUUUUGAUCUCGUGUCUAAAUUGCCUAAAUUACUACACUUAGACCUCUCAUAUAACUUACUGGAUAAUGUUCAAUCAGUGUUGCCAUUGCGAGGUUUAAUGUUGCAAUCGUUAUCGUUAGAAGGGAAUCCGUUAUGUUUGAAUUAUGUGGACGGCGAUUAUUAUAUAAAAGUUUUUAAGACAUUGUUCCCGUGUUUAAGAGAAUUGGACGGCGUUCCCAUUCAAAGAGGACAUCGAAUGCCGGAAUUGAAACAAUGCUAUUGCUUGAGUGACGCUAAACCAUUAGUUGAGAAGUUUGUGAGCUACUUCUUUAGGCUUUUGGACCUUGAGCCGGAGAAACGAGGUUCUAUACAGGAAAUGUAUCAUAAAGAUGCAGUCUUGACUGUUACCACCAACAAGAAAUUACGUUACAAUCACGAAUACAGCCUCACACGUCAGCUAUUCCACCGCAGCCGUUGCUUAGUGGAAGGAAAUUACGAUUUCGUCCAAAGUUCGGAAAAAAUCGGUAAAUUGAUAUACAACUGGCCACACUUACGACACGAUAUACAUUCGUUUAACAUCGACGUUAUGAUGCAUACGGAAUCACAAACUCUCCUCCGAAUUAAUGGUAUUGUUAGUACAAGAUCCGAGUCGUUGGCUGAUGAAGAGAAGGUCUUAGCGUUCACAAGAACUGUCUUACUUGUAUGCGAGGACGGCGUUGAGUACAAAAUCUAUAAUGAGAUGCUGUAUUGGGAUGAAGCUACAAAGGAGUGUGCCGCAAACGCCUUCACAGUUGCCAUUGUUCAAAAUGAAACACCAAGUUGGAAGUUUGAGAGUCCCUUGGAUGACGAGAGCAAGAGUAAUCUAAUAAACGUUUUCUCUAAAUUAACUGGUUUGAAUUCGCGUCAAAGUUCAAGGUGCUUGGAAGAAAAAGACUGGGAUUUAAAAAUAGCUCUAGAAUACUUUAUGAAAUUACUUAAGUUAGAUAAUAUUGAAUGUCUUGCAAAUUAAUAAACUUUUGUUUACCCACCUAAACUGAAGGCUUAUGUAUGGCAUUUGUAGAAAUUAAAGUAUCACAAAUAGACAAUUAAAAUCAUAAUUUAUACAAAAAUCAUUAGUAUCAUUAAGGCAACUGUCUUCAUAAUACCUUACAUUCAACAAAUUAUAAAAUCAAAUAAAAAAUCUCGGAUAAACUUUCCAAUAUGACCCGUCGAUUUGAAUGAUCAAAUUUUUUUUGUAGAUAGUACUCACCAAAAGAAAGCGUUUUGUAAAAAACAAAUGGAAAAUGUACGAUUUGUUUACAAAUUUCUAUACAUUACACAAGCUUAAAUAAUCUUUAUUGGAAAGUUUAACCAAAAUCUCUAAAUUAUCCUUGUCAGCAUAAAAAAGAUAAAAAUAGGGUUGGAAAAAAGCAUUUGUAUUAUUAUUAUUUUUUAUCCAUAAAUAACUUAGUAAUUGUAUUCAUACAUUUAAUUUCUUUAAUGACAGUCUCAAUACAUAGUCAAGAUUCAUUAAACUUACUGGUAAAUUUUAAAAUUUCAGUUUUUAAAUAUUAAAUACUUAAAGAAU